AUGUAAACAGAGAAAAAAUGAAUUGUGCAAAAACAUGUCGUUUUCGGAUAAACGACAAUAAAUAUUAAGAUAACUCCAGUUGUAUUGACAAAAAUGCCCUGCCUCAUUUUACAUUGACAUUCAGGGCGAUUGAUUCACCCACGACCCCGACGAGAUACUCUUCUCAUCUGUUAGAUAUUUGAACGCCGAGUGGGACCGUGGCCAACGACCACCUGAGCUGAGGCUAAGGGACUAGUUGCAUGUACUUCGUCUACUACUGCUUCAAUUCAUUUGCGCUUCGAAACAACAAAGCUGCUCCUGCUACGCUCUCUCAAAUUUCAAGUUUAUAACUUUUCUGCCAUACUUGAACCUUAUCACUUCAUGUAUGAUGAAAUGCCUCAGUAGGGUGGAAGUGAAAGUUGGAGUAAUGCUAUGAGACAAUAAACGAGGGAGAUAAUCGUGAAUAAAUGUUCCAGAAGCCUCCAGCAGUAUCCUCUGCUUUACGGGAUUCAUCUCAGAUUGGCAUUUUCCCGAUUAUAACUGAGUUCACCAGGCCUCAAUUAUCAGCCUUAAGGCCAUAUAGACUCGGAUUCAAGUUUGAGCUAGAACACCAGCUUCAUAAACGUAGAGCAGCCAUAUUGGCAACCGGAAUAAGUGCCAGUUACAAGCCAACACCAAAACCUCCUUUCACAAGACGAGAUUCACAUCCCCAAAAUGUAGAUCUUCCUGAAAUACUACCCAAGAAAAAGAAGAAACCAUAUCCUAUUCCAUUAAAGAAGAUCAAGGAAGUUGCAAGGCAGAGCAAAAAGCUAGCAGAUAAGGGAAUUGAGAAUCCCCUCGAACCUCCAAAGAAUGGACUGCUUGUUGCUGAUCUUAUACCCAAUGCAUAUCAAUUACUAGAUGCCUGGAAGCUUUUAAUUAAAGGUGUUGCACAGCUCUGGCAUGCAAUUCCCGUGUAUGCUUGCAGUGAGUGCUCCGAGGUUCAUGUGGCUGAGAGUGGUCACCACAUCCAGAACUGCCUCGGUCCAACCAGUUCAAAGCGUCGAAGCUUCCACUCAUGGAUCAAGGGAUCCAUCAAUGACAUUCUUAUUCCCAUUGAAUCAUAUCAUCUCUAUGACCCUUUUGGUCGGCGCAUUAAGCAUGAAAAUCGAUUUCAGUAUGACAGAAUUCCAGCCAUUGUGGAGCUAUGCAUCCAAGCUGGUGUGGAUUUACCAGAUUACCCUUCACGGCGAAGAACCACACCAAUCCGCAUGAUUGGGAGGAAAGUAAUUGAUCGUGGUGGAUUUGUUGAUGGGCCUAAGCUAUCGAGCUCUGCAAAUCCAUCUUCACUUGUUGAUCUCGAUACAUACGGGGCUACUAUGCGAAUCCCAUCUCCAUUACCAUCAGAAAUACCUAGGAUUGCACAGGAAACAAUGGAUGCAUAUGAAGCUGUUCAAUUUGGCAUUACUAAGUUGAUGAAGAAAUACACUGUCAAGGCAUGCGGAUAUUGCUCAGAGGUUCAUGUGGGACCUUGGGGUCACAAUGCUAAGCUAUGUGGGGAAUUCAAGCAUCAAUGGAGAGAUGGGAAGCAUGGUUGGCAGGAUGCUACUGUGGAUGAAGUUUUUCCUCCAAAUUAUGUGUGGCAUGUUAAAGAUCCUAAAGGGCCUCCCUUGAGGAGUGCACUCAGGAGAUUCUAUGGUAAGGCCCCUGCUGUGGUUGAGCUGUGCUUGCAGGGUGGUGCAAUGAUUCCUGAGAGGUACAAACCCAUGAUGAGGCUUGACAUUGUAGUCCCUGAAAGUGACGAGUCAGGUUUAGUUGCCUGAUCAUUAGGUAAAUGUCAAUGGUACUUUAUUUAAGCAUGUAUAGUUUUUGUUUGAGUAAUUGCCUCAAUUGAACUAUUUAAUUAUACAAGUGUUUGUCAGUUUCUUAUUACUCGUGAAAAAGACGGGCAACCUGAAAUCUUAAAUUAUGAAUAUUACUUUUUUUGAAGCCUGUUAUUGCUGGCGAAUAGACAUCUAAAGUUGAGAUAGCA